UGUCAAACGUUAAAGAAAAACUUCCCCUCAAACAGAACAGAAGGAAAGCAGCGACCUGAGAGAACCUGACUGCAGGUGAAAGUCAAUAAUUGCUGCUAAAUUAAAUUCAGACUUUUAAUCAACAUUGAAACAUUGAGGAAUGAAAGCAGCUUGAUUAAAGAUGAUUUUGAGUUCUGUUUGAAGGUGGUUUCAGGCUUUAACGAGGUCGUGUUGUGCUCUUUGUGGUGCUGUGCAUGUCAGCGACGGACGAGACACAAUAUCCAUGAUCCUGAUAUUAAUAUAUUCUGUGUUGAUCACACACUUCAGUGUUCAGGGAGCUGUGAAAAGUGAAUGUGGACCGGUGCUUGUGUAAUUAUGGCUUCGUAGAUUCGGGGACAUGUUUUAUUUUUCUGCUGUUCAGCGUAUCUCAAAGUUCACGUACAAACUCUCCCGGCGCUCUUGAACACAUCGCGCCGCCUUCUUCAGCCCAUCACACGGUCAAAGCUCCGUACGUAGGUUGUGUGAUUGUACCUGAGGACGGCUGUGGGAGGUUGUUGUAAGUGGACUUUGAGUUCAGAACAUGUGACUGAUCGGGCUCUUCACACCGCAUGUCUGCAGAUUUGACCCCGAGCUCAGAACCAAUCACAACGUUCGUUUACAUUAACUUCUGGGUAGAAACCUCUCACAUCAACAUAACUCUCAAUUUAACUGUUUGUUUGUUUGUUUUUUUAAAGACUUUUACAUAUAAUUCACUGUAAAACCUGACAAAGUGACUUUGGUAACCUACACUAACAGUUUGAAGUUGUUGUCUUGUGCGACUUCUGAUUAAUUGUUCACUUUGUGAUUCUGAGGUCGUCAGUUUCUUGACGGUUUUUAAAGUAAAGCUGGCUGUUAUAAUGUGCAGCGCAGAGAAGACGACAGCUUCAGUCUGUGGUGAAGAUUUAAGAGACGCUAGUUUUAAAUGUUACAGUGACGGAUGAACAGAAGAAAACUUCUGACUUCACACAUCACCACAAUAUGAAGUAGCUGUUAUCUGACCACAGCUGAUGUUGACACAAGUUAAUGCUGCUCGACUCUUUCUUGUAGUUUUGUGUUGAACAGAUUUUAACCAGCGAGUCUUUAAGUUAAAGUCGUGGUGAGCCGGCGUGUGAAGUUUUAAGGAUGCUUUUAGUCGCGUGCUGCGUGAAAUGUGAAUUUAUUUUCAGUCUUGUUUCACACGUUUGUCUCCGUCUGUGUCCGACUACCUGCUACGUUGUCGCCUGUGUAGUGAGUCCAGCGUCGUGCUGUCUGGAUGUUCAGUGAAAGGUAGAAGCAGUGGUCACUAACAGAGCGUUAUUUACCAUCAUGCAUUUCACCGGAGGGUUAGAACAAGUGUCUGAAGGUCGUCCACACGCUGUCAGAGUUUACAGUGAAGUUUGAAGUCGGGUUGGAUCGUGCUGGUUCCUAAAGUCAGACAUCACCCUCAAAUCAAGAUAUACAUUUUAUAUAUACACAUUUAAAAAACUACAUUUAAUUAACAUCCACUUAAAGGCAGCUUGUGUCAUGAAACCUGCACAUUUCUCUAAUUUAAAUUGUAAUUAUUGCAUUUUUUUUAUCACAUGUUUUAUAAGAAGUAGUUCUACUUUAAGUUUCACACCACACAAAUAUGUGAAGAAUUUAAUAUUUGCUGUCACUUCCCCUCAUUUAGCAUCACACUAUGAUGUGUUUUAUUAUAUUAAGACGUCUUAUUGAUUUAAAGUAUUUGUCAUAAUUACAGCUUCUCCCUCAGAAACUGAUGAAACACAAUAUUUACACUUGUAUCUGCUCACCGCUGCAUCACAGUGAGUUAUAAACUCUGUUAGACGUGCACGCAGCUUGUCGAUGCUGCAUGUUGGUAUAUAAGCGAAGUGUUGCCGCCUGCUCAGACCACACGGUGUCAGCAGAGGACUUCCUGUCCGGCUCCUGCUGUCCUGAGAUCAGAUCCAGUCAGAUUAUUUAAAUCAGAACUAGAUUAAAAAGUAGAUCAGAGUUUUGUGCUGUAAAUCUUUUUUUUCCUGUGAGAAAACACUUCAGCUUCACCGGCUGUUGAUUAGAUUAGAUGUGUUAAUUACUUUUUUUUUUUUUUUACCUUGUUCCUCCAUUUUUAUAAACGUCUGAUUGUUACUUGAUCAUCUGUAUUGAUCAGAGACGGAUCAGUGUUCUGUCAGAGGGUGAGUGAUGUUUCUCUUUAAUCCCUGAAGUGUUUCAUGUGUUUCAUUUGUUCAGUGAAUGUUUCCUGCAGUGUUUGAAUAUAAAGUGUUGAUCUUUGUGUUUUCAGCUGCUGCGUCUGAAUCCAGCGAUGAACGCGGUCCCUUCGUGUCUGUUCUGUCCCACUAAAGACUGCUGACCCCCUCAUGCAGCCCAGACAUCAAUAAUGAAGGAUUUACGAGAGUCUGAAACUAAAAAGAAGCCAAGAUGUCUGAGGGAAAGAGGAUGACAUCGAGCCGCAGGCAUCAUCUGAAGAGUUUGAUGCUGCAGAUCGCUGCCAACUGGAUCGAGCAGGAAACCGCCGAAAUCGCAGCCGCCAAAGAAGCUCACCUGGCGGAGACAUGCCCCGCCCCCGACCUGAGCGGAGACCAGGCGGCUCUGAUGGACAUCUGCAAGAAGCUGUACCAGUCCCUCGACAAGAUCGACGAGGACAGAUACGACUCCGAGGCCAAAGUGGCGAAGACAGACAAAGAGAUCGCUGAGCUGAAGCUGAGGGUUACGGAGCUGGGCGGCGUGAAGAAGCCCGCCCUGAAGAAAGUACGUAUGUCUGCUGACGCCAUGCUGCAGGCUCUGCUGGGAGGAAAACACAAGGUGACCAUGGACCUGAGAGCCAACCUGAAGCAGGUCAAGAAGGAGGUCAAGGAGGAGGCUGCUGAAGGAGUCGGCGACUGGCGUAAGAACAUCGAGGACAAAGCUGACAGGAAGAAGAUGUUCGAGACUUCCUAAAAGACUUUCACUUCCUCUCUUUCCUCUGUUACAUCUGACCUUUUUCAUGGAAUUGGAAAGAACUCGUGCCAUUAAAUUGUUUUUUGGAAUACGG